AUGGCUCCGAAGUUGCUCAAGAAGGACUCCAAGGCCGGAAAAUCUGCAUCCAUUGGUUCUUCCAAGAUCGUAAAGCGGAAUAGCGCUAGAGCAACCAACAAGACGAACACGAACCCCGCUAAAUACUUCGAUAUAGUUGAUGAGCACCAAAAGCGGAAGGCUGAGCGAGCAAGAGCCGUCGUCGUCACAACAGUGAGCGAUGCCGGCUACUCCAUUGGUCUUCCCACUGGCAGCACAGAGCCAUUCCCUGCUUUCAUCGACUUAUAUCAAAUCCGGAACAACCAGGGCGAUGAGCAUUAUCUGAUCUCGAAGCUACCCUACUACCAUGGAAGGUGA